AUGAUGAGCAACAUUCUUGGACUCACGCUCAUCAUAGUGGCUACAUUGAAACCAUGCUAUGGACUUUACCUUGGCAGAAGACACUUAUACAUUAGGAAUGACUUGGAAAACCACUUGCCGCUGAAGAUUCAUUGCUGGUCCAAAGACAAUGACUUAGGCCUUAAGACUUUGAAUUUUACCCAGGAAACCAGUUGGAGCUUCAAAGACAAUAACAUCUGGGGUACAAAAUUUGAAUGCGACAUGGAGUUUCAACUGGAAGGUCAAAUGAAGAGGGGACAAGUCGUGGUGUAUAACAAUAAGAAGAAGAUUAGAACACGAGAGUGCCGCAAGAGGUGUAAAUGGUCAGUUCGCAAAUAUGGGUUAUAUGCAUUUGAUGAGAAGGAUAAAAAGUGGGACUUUGAGAUUCCAUGGUAA